GUGUCCGCCCCUUCCGCCUCCCUCAUCCGUGAAUGACCGCCAUGGAGGCGGCACCGCUCUUCUCCUUCGGUGUCAUCACAGACAUCCACUACGCGGACGCAGAGGACGGAUACGAUUUCAGCGGGUGCCGACGGCGAUAUUACCGUCAGAGCCUUAACCUGCUGCAGAACGCUGUGGAAGCAUGGGCCACUGAGAGGGUGCCGCUCACCUUCGUGCUGCAGCUGGGUGACAGCAUCGAUGGCCUCAAUGCCCGCAGCGGCGAGGCUGAAGGUGCCUUGGAGCAGGUGCUGGCAGCGCUGGGGCAGCUGUCGGUGCCGGUGCAUCACGCAUGGGGCAACCAUGAGUUCUAUAACUUCAGCCGGGCCCACCUGGUGCACACUGGCCUCAACAGCCGGCCCGCUGGGGCCGUGGCCGGCCCGCCAGCCAGGGACUGCCAGGCCUAUCACUUCAGCCCGGCUGCACAGUUCCGCGUCGUCAUGCUGGACGCCUAUGACCUGAGCAUCCUGGGCAGAGAGCCGGACAGCCCCCGAUACCAGGAGUCCCUGCGGCUGCUGCGGGAGAAGAACCCUAACGACAACCUCAACAGCCCCGCAGGACUCAAAGAACCUCGGUUUGUAGAGUUUAACGGAGGAUUUAGCCAAGGUCAGCUGGACUGGUUCAAUGAAGUCCUCAAAUUCUCUGAUGAAAACCAAGAAAAAGUUAUAGUUAUGGGUCAUCUGCCCAUUCAUCCAGAUGCUUCAGACAGAGUUUGCCUAGCCUGGAAUUAUGAAGAUGCCCUUGCAGUCAUACACUCCCAUCAGUGCGUGGUCUGCUUUCUUGCAGGACACUUGCACGAUGGCGGCUAUUGUUUAGACUCUCAUGGCGUUCAUCAUCUGACUUUAGAGGGGGUUAUUGAAACUCCACCGGAAAGCAAUGCCUUUGGAAUUAUUUAUGUCUAUGAAGAUAAAAUGAUACUAAAGGGAGGGGGCAGAAUUUCAGACAGAGUGAUGCAUUUCUAAAAACAGUAGGCAAAUACAAAUCGCUCUUCUUCAGGAAGUACUUGGACAGAAAAGCAGGGGAUUCAGCUUAUUACUUGCUUGUAGAAAGAUGUGCAUGGCUGAUCCUUACAGCUUUAACUCAAACAUUUUUCUCUCGGAUACAGAAUUUUAGAAAUUACGUUUCUGUAAGAAAACACACGUACUUUCUUUGUGGAGAACAGAGAAGGCCAGUAACCACGUUUGAAAUAAAUAUACUUGAAUGCAGAAUGUUGACUUGAAACACCCAAUCCUUACUGGAUUGUUACUCACUGUGAAAAAAAUGCAAAGCAUAUUAUGAUUAUUGUCAAAAAAACCCCCCAUUUUUUCUACAUCAGUCAGAAUUGAAGCAUGCAGAAUUGUACCUACCCAGCUGCAUUUCCAUUUUUUAUUUUUUUAUUUUUUUUAAACAUCAUUGUCAGACAUGAGACAUAACUGACUGAAUUACCCCACCCUGUGGCCUAAUGCAGUCGUCUUAACGUUGCUUUAAAUUACUAAAAUAAUCUUCAAAACAAGCUAAGCUCAAGGAAAAUGGAGACCAUCUGUGCUACAUCACAUAAUGCAGCAGAUGCCCUCGUUGGGAUCCACGCGUGCACAGCUGUAUUGGCCGACAGCAGUACUGAGUGAAGGAGCCCUGACCUGGGAGGAUGUAAAGCACGUUGCUGUGCUGCGCCUGGAUGCGUUCUGGCUCUCUCCCGGCCAGCUUGUGUCUCCAGUGUAGUCACCUGUGCUUCCUGCUCCAGGAGUGGUAGUGGUGGAACACGCUUACUGUUGCUGGGCUGCUGUCUGGGUUCUGCUUUCCAGGAAAUGAAAUUCUGUCUUGAAUUCUGUCUUCUUAUUUCUCCAUCUCGCAGAAAAUAAAGAUGCAGAAGCUUUCACUGAAUUUUCUUUAGAAAAACAGUGUUUAUUACUCUGUAAACCCAGUAAUUUUCAGUUACAGAUAAUAGCAGUAAUAUUGCUUCAGAUAUAUUCUACAUAUGAUUUUAGUGUAGGAACAGAAAUACAGACUGCUGAAUUUUUCAGUUAGUCUCAAUGGACUAUCCAGGCGGAAAUCUGAAAGUCUUAUGGCUGUAAACAGUCAUUGAUUGAAACAAAGUGUUUGCUUUACUUUUAUGUUACAGAACGGUAGAUUUCCCAAAGUACGAGGUGGCUGGAGAGUGAUCCAGGGAUGCCAGAUGUCUUGAAUAUACAGUGAAUAAGGGAAACUAAUUAGCGUAUAGCAAUUUUAAAACAGAAUAUAUAACUUGGCAACACUUGAGUCAGGCCCCACAAACUCAGGCUUCGCCUGUUUCAUGCUCCAGUACGAAAGAAAACAAUUAGUAAAAUAGUUGGAAUGUAGAAACAGGAUAAGAGAAGCUGUAAAUUAGGGAAUAGUCCUUGGGUAUGAACUAGAAAAAAGACACAAAGUUUGAGGCAUCCUGAUAAAGGGGGCCCAAUAUGCCAACAAGCCUGGGACCAUCUGGGCAGGACGGAUAACAAGGUUGCUGAGCUUGCAAAACGGAGAUCAUAAGAGGUCACCCAGCUGUGUACACUGAAGAAGAGGAGAAAGAAGAAGAUUUGAGGAGGACUAACCACGUGAGAAGGAAACUGUGCAGGUGUAUCAGGACAUUAGCGUAUAUUCAUGAGUUCCCGGAGUAAUAAUGAAUAUGUAUUAAACUUAUCGGAAACCUAAUGAAUAUGUAACUUUUGUAAUAUAAAUCACGUACAAUUUGUUUCUCAUCGAGAUACACGUUCGUGGAAAUAUCCCGGUGCGACUCCCAGUGCUGCAAUAAAGGAUACCCGCUUAAUAGUC